AUGGCGGAAUCCAUGAAGGACGGCAAGUUUCCCCACGACAACAUGGUGGCGCCCAAGUCGAGCCGCGUCAUGCCCCUCUUCUCGCUCAAGGGCCGCACCGCCAUCGUGUCUGGUGCCGGUGCCGGAAUUGGGCUUGCCGUGGCGGAGGCGUUCGCCGAGGCUGGCGCCAACGUCGCCAUCUGGUUCAACAGCAACAAGGCGGCGCACGACCGCGCAAAGGAUAUCGAGCGCGAGUAUGGUGUUACUUGCAAGGCAUACCAAGUCAACGUGACGUCGUACGAGGAGGUUGAGAAGGCGAUCAACCAAGGCGUCAAGGACCUCAACGGCCGCCUCGACGUCUUCGUGGCCAACUCCGGCAUCGCUUGGGAGCAGGGCCCCCUGCUGGACGGCGGGCUGGACCACUACAAGAAGGUCAUGACGACCAACAUGGACGGCACCAUCUACUGCGCGCGGGUGGCGGGCCAGCACUGGCGGCGGCAGAAGAAGGAAGGAACGACGAUCGACGGCAAGCCCCUCGAGAACUACACGUACGGAAGCUUCAUUGCGACGGGUUCCAUGAGCGGGCACAUUGUCAACGUGCCGCAGCUGCAGACGGCGUACAACGCGGCUAAAGCUGGCAUCAUCCACAUGUGCCGCAGCCUGGGAGUCGAGUGGACCGGGUUCGCUAGGGCGAACUCGGUGUCGCCGGGCUACAUCAACACCGAGAUCUCGUCCUUUGCCCCGCCAGAGGUCAAGAACGCCUGGAAGGACAAGAUCCCCAUGGGUAGGGAGGGCGAGACGAGCGAGCUGAAGGGCGUCUACUUGUACUUGGCGUCGGACGCGUCGUCCUACACAACCGGGACGGAUAUCUGCGUCGACGGUGGGUAUGCCGCGCCGUAA